AUAUAAAAUCUAGCCUUGAAUGGCAGACCCAGUUAGUGGAUGUCCUCCUGUGACCCCUUUCUACAGUAAACACGAGAUAACAAGUCAUUGUGUCGCAGAAAUUGAAAUUUAACAUUGAGAAAAAAAAAAUUAAAUUGAUUAUGGAGACGAAGGAGAGACGAGUAAUGAUUGCUAUGGACGGCAGUAAACACUCGGAAUAUGCUUUUAACUGGUACCUCACAACCUUCAGAAUACCCCAAGAUGUUGUCCUUCUUGUUCACUGUAUACAAAGACAUGAUCAGUUCCACGCAGCUCUGGGUAUGUCUGACGUGAAAACGGUUUGUGAUAUCCUGGCUCAAGAAGAAAAGGAAGAGGAGAGUCUGAAAAAACACCUGGAGCAAAAACUAACGGAGAAUAAGUUAACGGGAUCAGUUAAAACGGGAGUCGGUAAGCCAGGUGAGCUAGUGGUGUCUACUGCCCAGCGGGAGAACGCUGACGUCAUCAUCUGUGGUUGUCGUGGGAUGGGCAAGGUCCGGUGGACCCUGACCGGGACGGUCAGUGAUUAUAUCGUCCAUCACUCUCACGUCCCUGUCGUCGUGUGUCGUCACCCGAGUCACGUGCAGGAGAUAAUAGGGGACCGGAAAUGAGAGACAGAUUACAAACCACGUGAUUCUAGUCACUAAUUUUAGCUUUAUCUAAUGUAAUAUAUGUAGAGGUGAUGGUGUAUUUUAUUAAUAUACUAGAAGUGGAUCAAUUUUGAAGCUUCAUUGUAACUAAUAAUGUAAUAUUGUAGGUAAAAUAAACCAAUAACCCUGAA